AUGGCGUCAAUUGACGAGGAAGUUGAUGGCUUCGUUCUUAUAUCACAUGGCGAUGAUGCUUUUAAAGAUGCCAAUCUAAUUGAUGCGGGUCCCAGCAACGCGUUGUCGGAGCUGCGGUACCUCAAUGAUAUCAGCCAGGCAGUAGACAGUCUCGACGAGGUCUUCUGGCCAAUAAACAAAAAGAUUCACGAUAACCCGGAGCGAGGAUUCAAGGAAAUCAUCGCCCACGAUGCUUUGACUGGCUUCAUGAAAUCCCAGAGUGGCUGGGUUGUUACCCCGUCUGCCUAUGGCAUGGACACAGCCUGGGUUGCCGUUUUUGAUACAGGAAGACGCGGUCCUGUUGUGUCUUUUAAUGCGGAGAUGGAUUGCCUCCCAGGCAUCGGCCAUGCAUGCGGCCAUAAUCUCAUCGCCACCGCCUCGGUCCUUGGCGCUGUCGCGACUGCUCGAGUGAUGGAGCAUUAUCGAGCCGCCGGAAAGGUCGUCUUGUUCGGCACACCAGCAGAAGAAGGCGGCGGAGGAAAAAUCAGGCUUCUCAAUGCUGGAGCCUAUUCUGACCACAAGGUCGAUGUGAGCCUCAUUUCGCAUCCUGGAAUCACCCCAAACGCGGCUUUGAUGCGGACAACAUCGUAUCUGCAGUUCAAGGUUGAGUAUUUUGGUCGCGAGGCGCAUGCUGCGGCCAAUCCGUGGCUUGGAAUUAAUGCUCUAGACGCCCUGAUUGCUGGAUACAAUAACGUCUCGGCACUUAGACAGCAGAUCAUGCCCGAGGACAGAGUUCAAGGCUACAUCACCGAUGGCGGUAUUGCCCCUAACAUCAUCCAUGCCUACGCUGCGGGGCUAUUCGUUGUCAGAUCAGAUACGCAAAGGCGUCUCGACGAGCUCAAGGAGAAAGUAUACGACUGCUUCAAAGCAGGUGCUCUGGCCACCGGAGCCAAAGUGACUAUUACCGAACGCUGGGGCUACAAGAACCACGUGCCUAACCGAACAAUGGCGCGAUCUUAUACACGGUACUUCAACGCCCUUGACCCUCCGGGUAAGAUUGCUAAAGAUCAGGACAUCGAUGAGACGCGAGGCAAAACACAGGCAAGUACAGAUCAGGGCGACAUCAGCCACGCGAUGCCGAGUCUGAGCCCUGCAUUUCGAUUGCAGCCUGGGCCGAAAGGUCAAGGUCCGCAUAAUCCAGAGUUUGCUGAGGCUGCCGGGACACGCGAUGCUUAUGCGAGGACUCUGAGGGUGGCAAAGGGGCUGGCUGGAGUUGCACUAGAUGUUUUGUUGACAGAGGGGCUUCUUGAUGAGAUUAAAAGAGACUGGGAGAGGACGAUUAAAAUAGAGAACAGCUUGUGA